AUGGCUCUCAAGGAGGCCUCCCUUUUCUUGGGGGCGGCAAGUAGGGGCCAUCCUUCGCCGAGUGCACCACGAUCUGCAGAGGGACAGAGCGGCUGUCGCCUUUCAACCCCUCAAGGUCACUUCGCAGCAGUUCCCUCCACGCCGCCGCCUUCUCAGGGGAGUCGUGCCUGCGAUGGGACGGUGAGGCAGUGGAAAACAAUGUCUGCACAAUCCUCGGCCUUCCCAGUUCACUUGGCGGAUCCUUGCUCGCAAAGUGCAGUUUCCGGAACCUCGCGUGGAGAAUCGAGGCGGAGCUGCACUCCACCUUGCCAGGAAGGACCUCCGGAGUGUCUUCAGAGAGCGCGAAACGCACUGCUCUUCCAGGCGCUAUCGGCUCACGCUGCUGAGACGGCCGACGCCUCGCCAGAGAUGACGGCUCCCCCUAACAACGCUGAGAGGCCAGAAAGCCAGAACGGCCUCAACAGCCCUCCAGCGGAAGGCCUUCAAGCCACUGGUGACAAGGAGGGGGAGAGCUCCGGAGAACUGGAAAAUCCCGAUUUGUGCAAGGCCAACAGUUGCAACGAAUUCGAACAGGUUCUCAAGACGUGGCAAUCAAAGGAACUGCACGUCAUGGCGCGGAAGCGCCGAGGCUUUUACUCUGCAUCUUCUGCGCAGGACCCUUCUCACCCUGCGGCAGCUCAGGCGGACAGUACUGAGGCGAAUGUUGCGGCAAUAUUGGCUUCCUCGGAAUGCGUAGUAGGCGGUACGGAUGCGAUGAAGGAUCCCGCAGAGGACACUGCAAAUGCCUCAGGAGAAACGCACGUGAGAGAAGCUCCCAUGGCAGAACAGGCAGAAGCACCAACGCCGCUUGCCUCAUCGCCUCUGAGUGAACCAGCACAAGCGGUGAUAGCCACAUCGCCACCAGCUGAAACUCGCGCGGCAGGAACCCCAGCAGACGCAUCGCUACCUGCUGAUGCGAUAGUACACGCCAGAACACCGCCAACCUUGCUUCACACUGCCAACGAGAGCCUUUCCGAGCUAAAACCAGCGAUUCCCUCUGAUCCUGCAAAUCUGGAAAGCGCCGACGAAAAAGAAACCGGACUUUGGCUGGGGAUGGAGGGGGCUUGUGAACACGGAGACGAUGAAGCUAGCUCGAGCAAUACGAGUGCGCUGGCAGGCGUAGCCGGACUAGCUCGUGAGGGCGAAGAGUUUGGAAAAGGCAAGGGAGAAGAGGGAGGGCGAGAGCUCUACAAAAAAACCACCAUCGCAAAACAAGAGCACCGCCAGUUUGCGUCAAGUGCGAUGCUCCCGACCAAGUGGGAAGUGUUCGCGCUGUUCUUGGGAGCCCUGUUCACCUAUGUACUGGUUCUGCUGUGCACCAGGGGCGUGCCGCACGCCAUUCUUCUGCUUUUCUGUUGCCUCUUCGGGCUAAGGAUUCGCGCGAAAGGCAGCGGUAGCACCAGUGGUGGCAGCUACACGGCGCUGUGGCUUUUACUGCUGCAGUUGAUGCUGAUUGCAGCCUUGUGCAUUGUGAGUCUCAUAAAGGAAGUGGCAAAUACAAACCAGAUGCUUCGACAGAUCAAUGAUAAUACUCUCUACGCCGCGGAUAUUCGUAUCACUCAACUGGCCGCGUUCAAGUGUGACUGUCCAAAGCAGACACUAGGCAAAGCCGCAGCCAUCCUGUUAGCUGGGGGCCGCUUCGAUGCACCAUCAGCUUAUUUGUGCAUUGCUGGACGCCUCGAGGUGCUUUGGGACGAGGAAGCUGCUGCUUACACAAGCACGUAA